CAAGUGCCCAGUGCAGACCAGACAGCCACGUCCACCAUGAAGAUAACAGGGGCCGUUCUGCUCUUCGCUCUGGCACUUUGCUGCUUCUACUCAGAUGCUGCUGGCCAGGCUGGUACGGGUUUCUGCAGUGAGUACAAGGAGCCUCCAGAAGUCUGCACCGAGCAGUAUGACCCUGUUUGUGGCACUGAUGGCAGAACAUACAGCAACGAAUGCUACUUUUGCAAAGCAGUCUAUGAAAACCUUGGAAGUCUUUGCUUUGAGCAUUAUGGAAAAUGCAAUUCGCACGAUGAGGCCAAGCAAAAAGAUGACCUUUAGCAUUUAGUUCCCACUAACAGAUCCCUGCACGGAGUCCCGUUCUCGUCUCAUCCACCAGUUCCAGGCCGCUAAGAGCAUCGCUGACUCCCCACCUGUUUGUGCAAUAAAGCAAAGU